GCUCCAGAUGUGUAUUUAGCUAUCACAAAUAUUCCAUUUCAUUUCCAUGCUGCUGAUUUGAGAUCUCAUUUUUCUUCUUUAGUGGAAAAUAAAGCAUUUCCUUGUUUUCAUUUUCGCCAUAGGCCAGAAAAGACAAGUAAUACGAAUAGUGGUGAUGAUUUAAAAAAUGUACCAUUGAAAUCUAAACGGUGCUGCAUCGUAAAAAUAGUUGACUCUCAAUUAAAUGCAAUGUUACGCCACAACGAUGACCACUGGACAGAUGCAAAUGGGGAAAUUCUGAGUGAAAUUUGCAAAAUAACACCCCUUACUUUGAAAUUAACAUCAGAAUCUAAUUCUAACUUAGAUGGGAAUGUGCAAAGUCAAAGUAAGAGUAAGUUACUUUACUGGACUGUAAAUUCCUUAUGUAGAUACUUUGUUUAAAAAUAAACCAAUGGCACAGUUGAAUAGAGCUAAUUUUUGUACAGAAUUAUAACAACAAAAUCAUAUUUUUAGCUGUAGUUUUAAAGUUAUGAAUUUUUAAACUACGACUUGGUUUGUCCUUUUUCAACAUGGACUGCAUCUCCACAUUCUGUGACCUAUUUCCGCUGAUCGCGUCAUGCGCAAUGACUUUAUAGUUUAUAUAAGGCAACGUAUUCCCUUAUCACUAAAAUACUGUUUAGGGUCGACUUAGUUUAAACUUUCAACUUUGGCACAUGAAUAAUUAAUUAAACCUUUCCCUGACCAAUGGUUUAAUUAAUAGUUUUUGUACACGGCAAACUCUUAUGAAUGAAACUCUGAGAUAGUACUACAAUAUAGCCGUUAUGCAAGUGGCUGUGAAUGGUUGCCAAUGACAACGUGUUGCACAGGUACAAUUCUGAUCAUUUAUAAUAUGGACUCUACAGAGUUUUUAAAGCUCAAAUUAAAACAUUCCAGUUUAAAUGUCUUCAAAAUGCAUUCUGAAACACAAAAUAUAAAAUAUUUUGAUGUAUAUAGUGGUAAUGAUUAAAUAUUUCCUAAGUAUCAGCAACUUCCGCCAUUAAAAAAGGGGCGUGGCCCACCCCAUGUCGAAAUUAGGCUGAGCAAUGUUAUGUGAUAUGGGUCACUGGGAGAAGUGUAACGAACGUGGGACACGACCUACAUCAAUGAAACUUGGCAUAGAUAUAGAUCAAUAUCUAAUGCUUAUACAGAUUUAAUCAAAAAGGGCCUUAUCUUAUUAUUUCACAAAAAAUUUUGUAUGCGAAGAUGCCUUAUAUAUACCAAAGAUUUUCAAAAUAAAGGUCGAUUGAAAAAAGCAAAAUAGCUGGCUAGAAAUGUAGGCCAAGAUGUCUUCCAAAUUAUAAGGCCGGAAAUGGAACUCAAAUAUAUGUCGAAAGAACUAAUUUAAUAAUAAAUAGACACACACAUUGGAAAAUUAAAAACUCAGAUUUUUCGGCUCUGACGCCCAUUUCCGAUACACAAAAAGUAGUAGUCUCCCUUGUUUCAUCGAAGUAUCUAUAAUUGGAAUUUUCUAUUGCAAAUACUAGUAUAAUUUGAUACUUAAAUGGCUGAUAUUUAUACUAGGAAAAUGGAUUUUAACCAUCAAUGAAAUUAUUUAUAUAUCUUUAAUGACUUCCAAUCAUCUGUCCACAAUCUCCCCUCCCCUUGCCCAGUCCACUUAUCUUUCUCCAAACUCAAUACUAUGCCCUCCUCACAUUCACAGUGACUCACAGACAUCCCAUCAAACUCACUAUCCCUUCAUUUACUGAACUAUAUUCCCUAGCUUUCCCAACAGUAUCCCCCUUUUGAAUUUCCCCUUAUUUCACACCCUUAAGACUAGCCCUACUUCAGAGCAAGCUACUUAAUUUUAAUAUCAUGAAGUAUGAUCAAGUCAUAGACUUUAUUAAUAAUAUAUUUUGAUUCCUGUUAUUAGCUCAUGAUAUAUACGCAAUAUAUCUAUGUUGAAUACAGACAAAAAACUGCAGCAUUUUAAAUUCUUAAAUAUCAAAAUAUUGAUCUAAGAUCAAGAGGCUCUAGCCCUAGCUAAAAAUAAAUAUUGUUCAAAACUUGGCACUAGAGAAAUGUCAGGAUAUCUUUUUAAUAAUUUAUAUUCAAAUAUUUUGGGGAUGUGUUUUGUAUAAUUUGUUUACUUAUCAUGUGUAAAAUACGUACAUUUGCUUGUUAGACCAUUUAGAACUUUAAAAUAUAAUCCUUUCCAGGCCGGAUGCCAUAAUUCCUAUUUUUCCUUAUAUGAGCUAUAUAAAUUAAUGAUCAUACAUAGCCUAUUCCUUGGGUGGAUGGAUCUAGACAAAACUUAGUACACAUACACUUGAUUAUCUAAUAUUCAAAUUCUGAAGGGUACUGAACUCAUAAUAUCCACUCUUUCAGGGCUGAGGGCCCCAAUGUAAUAUUUCCUUAUAUAAGCUAUAUAAAUUACAGUAGGAUUAGACAAUAUAGGGUUCGAUGAGAAUCUAGUCCAAGCUUGGUAGCCAUUCCCUAUAUUUUCCAUAUUCAAUUAUUGGUGGAUUUAAUAAUAAUAUCCACUCCAUUCUGUGCUGGUAUAGAAUUUUUCAGAAAGUUUGAUAAUUUAAAAAGCUAGUUUUCAGGCAUUUUUGAACCGAUUUUAAUGAAACAACUUUUAAAUUUUAACUCCAUUAUUUAUCUGAAAGAUUUUUAUAGGAUCCCUUAUCUUGGCAUAACUAAAGCUCCACCUAAUGGAAUGCAAGAUCUCAUUUUUAAUUGAAAUGAAAAAUAGUUUUUGUUAUGACAUUUUGUUGUAGAUUGUUCAUAUUUUUAAAAAAGGAUUACAUAGAAUGGGAUCUUUAUGUAAGAGUAAUUUUUUACAAGUUUGUUGGCGUGGGAGGUGUAUUAAAUUAAAUCUAGAAUUUUCCAGAAAGUUAUUUAUUGCUCCACAGGGAUAUAUAUUAGGAUAUAAAAGCUUAUGGAAAUGUUAGAUUAUUUCUAUAGAUUUUUAUACCUUCCUGUGAAUUAUCAUUCAUAAGUUUCUUAAAGUUUCUAGGUUAUACUAGAAUGUUCAAUUUUUUAUAUAACUGUUUUAGGAUUAUGUAAAUGUCCUUAUUAUGUUUCUAAUUUGCUAUACAUUUCAAUGAGUAUCCUUCAGUGUUAUGGAAUAAGUAUUUGAGAUAAUUUUGAAAUUUUCUAGAAAUUAAAUAAAAUUUCCCUUAUAAUGGCCUAAGCUAUAAACAGUAAUAAAGUUAAAGGCUUUGGCUGCCUAUCUUAGGGACAACUUUAAGUGUACAUCAUGGAACAAGAUCCCUUGGGUAACAAGAUCCCAUGAGUGAGUGGGAUCCACCUGGGAAUGGGAUCCUAUCAGGAUCCCACCAUGAACCAGAUUCCAGUGGGAUUGGGGUCCCACCUUGGAAUCCCAUCAGGGAACAGGAUCCCAUCAGGGAAUGGAAUCCACUGGAGAUCAAGAACCCACCUAAGAAUGGGAUCCCACCGGAGAAUGGACUCCCUCAGGAUUCCACCAGGGAAUGAGAUCCCAACUGGGGACAAGAUUCCAAAGGGAAUGGGAUCCCAAUUCUGGAAUAUGAUCCCCAUAGUGAAUGGGAUCCACUUGGAAAUGGGACCACUCAUUUAAAUGGGAAAUGGGAUCUCAAUGGGGAAGGGGAUCUCAUAUUAUGAUAUUUAAAGCGAUUAACGGCCAUAGCUUUGACAUUGGUGAAUAAAUUUUGAUUGGUACAACUUGUAAAAGUUAUAUUAGUCCUCAAAUCAUGGUCUUUAACUAGGCUCAGCUGGAAUAUUAAAUGAAAUAGACCAGGCCCAAAAUGCUUACAAAAGAUAUUAGAAAUGUGUUUUUUAUAGGAUCAUCAAUUUUCCAGCAAGUCUGUGACCUUUUGCAUGUGCACACUAGACAAUAAUCCAGUCCGUAAAAUCAAAUUAGUUGCUUUUACCUAUUGAUUGAAGGCCUAUUUUUGUGAAGAUGAAGAUAUAUUAAACAAAAUAUAUUCUUUGUGCUCAGAAAUUAUUUCUAUAUUCAUAGAAUAGAGGAAUGAAGAGAAAUAAUUUGCAUUUAUUACCUGUUCAUAAUUUUAUUAAUGGAUCGUAAAAGUAUUGUAUCAACCAUUUAAUAUUAAAUUGAUGUCAUGGCGUACCCUCUAAUUUAAGUCAUUGAAUAUUAACAGCUUUAAACUUAAAACAUGGGUCCUGGUGUUGAAAUGAAAAAAAAUAUUGUUAAACUUUAGGCAUUUACCUUUUUAAUGUACAGUAUUGGAUUGAUGGUUUUGAGUGUGCCUUGGAAUUAAGGAAUAACUCAGCAGUGAGUGCCUAUUUGCUGAAAAUUACCAUCAACCUUACUAUUAAAAUUGCUAAAAGUCUAAAAAAUUAUCCCUGACAUUUAAAAGUUACAAAAACUGAUCGGUCUAUUUAGGAAUUAAAAUGUUGAUAAGAAUAAGAAAAAAAAACAGUUUUAAAUUAUUUGAUUGGACAAGAAAAUUCUAAAAGCAGCAAUGUGAAUAAAUAAUAAAUUACUUGUAAUCAUAACUUUAUCAUUUCAAUUUUUUAUUUACUAUUCUUCUAGCAUUGAUUUUUAAGGACAGAAAUUUCUAAGAAAAUCAAGCAUAUUUUUAUUGUUUCAGAUAAUCAAGAUGAAGUUGAUGAAAAGCAAAUAUUAGCUAUGCCUGAGCUCAACCCGCCUCCACUAAUGCCCAAUGGGAAUGUAGGAACACCUACUCUUGUUUUCUUAGAUCUCAUACAAAAAUGCCUUCUUCCAAACAAUCUCAUCAGUAAAUUAAAGCUAAAAUUUCCCAUGAUGUCUGCUAAAAGGCUUUAUGGAAAUGUUAACUUUGAAUAUGAUUCUGAAAAUUCCCAGGAAUGUGGACUGCCAGUAAAUUCAAAACUGCAGAUGGAUAGGUCUUUACAAAAACUUGACAGAACCAAAUUAUUAAUUCACAGACCUUCAAGAAAAUUAAUCACCAAUAAAUCUCAAAGAAAUGCCCUUAAAAAUGAAUUAAAGCAAGCGAAAGAAACUUGCGGUUUCAAUGAUAAUUUCAGAAUGCAAGUUAAUAGUAGUUUAGAAAAGGAUCAGAAGGACAAAAGCUCAUGUGGGUCUUCAUUGCAAGUGUCACCUAGUUUCUUGAUAGGUGUAAGGGACUCACCAUCUAAUGACUCUACUUUAUGCAUGUCUGACUCUCAUACUGAAGAAAACAAUUCUGUCAGUUCUCCAUCUGAAGAUACAAGGAACAAAUGUUCAUCAUUGGUAGACAAUCCACUGACUCAAAAAAAAGCUUUUUUUAUUGCACCCAAUCCUCAAAGUGUCAUACCUCUUGGGAAAUGCACUAACAGGGAAAAGAAAAGGCUUACUAAGGAGGACAGAAAGCAUACACAAAGACUUAUGGCUGAAGGAAUAGAAGAGCGAUUUAUUGCUGUUGAGAAACGAUAUCAUGUAAGUGAAUGAGACUAAUUUUUAAUCCAAUUUUUCCAAGCAUGUAUGAAACUGCACAUAUAUUUGCCCCUUUUGUUUAUAUAUCAGUUUGCUUUGUUGCCAUAUGGUUAUAAUAACUUUAAGAUGAUAAAAGUUUGUGAAUGCAAAUUUGUAACUUGCAUUGUGUUGUUGUUGCUUGUCCUUCGCGUGCAAAGAUGACCAAGGCUAUAUUCAGUAGUGAGUACACAGGUGGCUUGCCAGUCCUAUGAGUGUCAGGGAAGCUUUCCCGCACGAUGGACAGUGUUUUGGGGUCCUAGUUGGAUUUGAGUCAAUGCUGAUUUUGUGGACAAGAUUUGUUGUGUCUGGAGCACUUUUUCUAACUUCCUUCUCCAUGUAGGUGAAUAAAAAAGUGGGGGGGGGGGAUGUUUGGGGGGUUGGGUUACAAAUAGGUUAGCUUAGAAACCUAGAGAUAAUAGCCCUGACAUCCUCUUUAUUUUGUUUAAAGUGAACUUCCCCAUGUAGGUGAAUAAAAAAGUGGGGGGGGGGGGAUGUUUGGGGGGUUGGGUUACAAAUAGGUUAGCUUAGAAACCUAGAGAUAAUAGCCCUGACAUCCUCUUUAUUUUGUUUAAAGUGAAGGAGAGUUGGGCGAUUCGUCAGCCUCAACCUCUCGACCUUGCCUAUUUUGAUUUAUUGGCGAAACUUAGUGUUAUACAAGUGCAAUAAAUGCUAUUGAGUUAGAUGUUUUUAUAAUUUUAAGUGCUGAGAAAAGUUUAGAUGCAAUUAAGGUAUAUUCUAAAAUAAAAUACAGUGAGAUUUAAAAGAGAAUGUUAACUGCCCCUUUGUGUGUGAAUUGAAUGUAAAUUUUUAAUCUAUAUACAUACCCCCCCUAGCAAGUGCUUUAAUGCCUACUAAUGUUGACACUUAGCACAAGAUUUGGAAUACAUUUUAAAAUUUAUUAUAGAGUGAUUCUGAUGCAGAAGAGUGGGAUCGUCAUGAAGCAAGUGAAGAUGAUCCAAGUAAUCAAGAACGAAACAAGGAACGUCUUUAUGAAGAGGACAUAGAGCAACCAUGGGAAAAAGGGGGUGCUGGAGUCAAUUUUUACACUGAUGCCAUUUACUGGCAGCAGCAAGAAGGAGGUAUAUUAUUGUUUCAUUCUGGUUAGCCAUAAGGUUAGAGUUACUGGCAGCAGCAAGAGGGGGGGCAUAUUAUUGUUUCAUUCUGGUUAGCCAUAAGGUUAGAGUUACUGGCAGCAGCAAGAGGGGGGGCAUAUUAUUGUUUCAUUCUGGUUAUUGUUAAGGUUAGAGUUACUGGCAGCAGCAAGAAGGAGGUUUCAUUCUGGAUAUAUAUUUAUGACUUAAAAAAAUAAUUCAAUCUACUUUAUAACAUAAAUAUAUUUCAAAACACAAAGUUAUGUAUGUAUGUCUGGAUAUAAUGUCAUAAGAUGGCGCUGCUCAUGUGCUCUGUGUGAAUUGAUAUAACAAACCUUGGCUAGUAUGGCUCCAUUUUAAUUGUGUAAUAUAAGAUUUAUCCUUUCAACUACAUUUUAUUUAUGGUUCACAUUCACACAAAACUAAUCUUGUACCGGUACUUAAUUUGAUUGCAUGUUUUAACAAGGAGUCUGCAUUUUGAUUCUUUUAUCAAAUGGAAUUGUGCAAAAGUGAAUGAUUAUAAGUUCUUAAAGUGAAUCAAGCAAGAUUUAAUAACAUGGAUGAGGAAUUGUAUCUCUUUCAUUUCACAAGUACUCCUCAGAUAAGUUUCAAAAUGUUGGCAUCCCCUUAGUGACUUAGUGAAUAAUUUAAUAACCGAACCUCUUAACAGAGUUACUAGUUAAAAAUUUUGAGCAUCAUGGGUUUGAAUGGGCAAAAUAAAUUUCACUAUUUUAUGUAUGCUUAUAUAUAAUAUAUAUACAUAAUAUAUAUAUAUAUAUAUAUAUAUAUAUGUAUAUAUAUAUAUAUAUAUAUAUAUACACACACACAAUAUAUAUAUAUAUAUAUAUAUAUAAAAAGAGUUACUAGUUAAAAAUUUUGAGCAUCAUGGGUUUGAAUGGGCAAAAUAAAUUUCACUAUUUUAUAUAUGUUUAUAUAUAAUAUAUAUAUAUAAUAUAUAUAUAUAUAUAUAUAUAUAUAUAUGUAUAUAUAUAUAUAUAUAUAUAUACACACACACAUUAUAUAUAUAUAUAAAUAUAUAUGAAAACAAUUAUUGCUCAUGUUACCAUUAAUACCUAAAUAAAACCCAUGAAAUACAUUUUUAAUAAAAGGUAUUCUCUGUAAAACAAUGCUGUCAUUGCAUAACCUUCUUAAAGACACACAGACAUAGUGCUCCUUAGGUUAAAUGUUUUUUUGGUUAUGUUUUAGACUUUGAUGAGCAAACUACCGAUGAUUUAGAUGUUGAUUUUAGUGCAUAUGAGGAACCAGGAUCAGGGGACAAAGACAUCAAAGAUUUCAUAAAAAUACAACAGGAAACAAGGUACAUUUCAAACCAACUAUUAUAAUUAUAUAUUAUAAAGCUAUAGAAGCCUUUAAGACAAACUAAGUUUGAAUUUUGAAGGAAAAAAAGUGAAAAUAUUGUUAAAAAAAAAUCUUUACCAAUCUUAAAAUAUGAAAGUUAAUAUUAAUGUUUAUAAAUUUAUUAUUCUUGAUUAUAGAUUUCGGAAUGGUUACGACAGUACAGAUAGGUUUUCUAUUGGAAUAGGAAGAAAAUUAGAUCCUCACACCUCAAAGGUCAAUAAAAAGAAAGAUUUUACUGAGUUUAAACCAAAAAUUGGUGCAUUUGAACAAUAUACCAAAGGCUUUGGUCGCAAAGUUAUGGAAUAUCAAGGUUGGCAAGAAGGUCAAGGCCUUGGAAGUUCACGACCAGGUAUUGUUGAUGCUCUGAAGUGUGAAGGACAGAAACCAUUUAAUAAAAGAGGCCUUGGGUGAGUAAUCUUUUUUUCUAAAGCUAGUUUUUCAGUAGUAAUUCAGACACUUAAUUAGUUAAAUCUCAUAAUGUAAACAAACAAAAAUAAAAAUUUUGAUUACUAAUUUAAUUACUUCCUUUGCUGUUUUUUUAGAUUUAAAACUAGUGAUAAUUUUUGGCUUUUGAUGAACGGUUCAAUGAUUAGAAAUUGAAAAUAAUUUUCUAUUUCAUGGACGAUGUGUUCAAUAUUAUUAGAAAAUAAAAUUAUUUAUAUCUUACAGAUACAUUGAUGAAAUCAAAAAGAAUUAUGGGGCAUCUACCUCAAAAAAAUCUAGAGAACCACAUCACAUUACCACCAUCUAUGACAACCCCAACAUGACGGAUCCUAAAAUCCCUUUGCUACAACGACAAGAGUUAUCAAGACUCAAGCACAGAUCAUCACAUCUUAAUAAAUUUAACUCUUAACAAACUUUUUAAAUCAAUGUUUGCACAUUUCAGUCUUCAUUGUGAAAAAUAGAGGAGCUUGUCAUGUUGUCAUUUUUAUUGCUUCAGAUUAAUUUAUAUUUUUUCUUUUCUUUGCAUCUUUGAAUCGCUG